AUUAGCACGGGUAAUCUUGCAACUAGGUCAGGGUAUUCUUGUAAUUCUGAGGGAGGAAAGUGUGUAAAACAGGUCCUACAUCAUGUCCAUUCUUAUGAUCCACGCCCGGAAGAUCUUUGAUUCCCGUGGAAACCCCACUGUAAAGGUUGACCUUCACACUUCCAAAGGUUUGUUGCGAGCAGCUGUGCCAAGUGUUGCCUCUACUGAUAUCUAUGAAGCCUUAGAGCUCAGAGAUGAUGACAAGACACGUUAUCUUGGGAAAGGAGUCUCAAAGGCUGUGGCUCAUAUAAAUUCAACAAUUGCACCCGCACUUGUUGAUUUGGUAGUGUCUGUGGUUGAACAAGAGAAGAUUGACCAGAUGAUGAUUGACAUGGAUGGCACAGAGAAUAAAUCCAAAUCUGGAGCAAAUGCCAUUUUGGGUGUGUCCCUGGCUGUUUGCAAAGCCGGUGCAGCAGAGAAAGGAGUCCCGUUAUAUCAUCAUAUUGCUGACCUUGCUGGAAAUGCUGAAGUCAUUUUGCCAGUGCCGGCUUUCAAUGUGAUCAAUGGUGGCUCUCAUGCAGGCAACAAACGUGCGUUGCAGGAUUUUAUGAUCCUGCCCAUUGGUGCUGCCACCUUCAAAGAAGCAAUGCGCAUUGGAACUGAAGUCUAUCACAACCUCAGAAACAUCAUCAAGAAGAAAUACGGCCAGGAUGCUACUAACGUGGGUGAUGAAGGUGGUUUUGCUCCAAACAUUCUUGAAAAUCAGGAAGAUCUGGAGUUGCUAAAGGAGGCCAUUGCUAAAGCAGGGUACACUGAAGAGGUUGUGAUUGGCAUGGACGUAGCAGCCUCUGAAUUCUACAAGGAGGGAAAAUAUGACCUGGACUUCAAGUCUCCUGAUGACCCAAGCUGUUACAUGACCCCUGAGAUGGCUGAUCUGUACAAGAGCUUUGUUAAAGAUUAUCCAGUGGUGUCCAUUGAGGAUCCUUUUGACCAAGAUGAUUGGGUGGCCUGGGCUAGCUUUACUGGAAGCACAGACAUCCAGGUUGUUGUAGAUGAUCUUACAGUGACAAACCCCAAUCGUAUCACCAAAGCUGUUGAGGAGAAGGCCUGCAACUGUUUGCUGCUUAAAGUCAAUCAGAUUGGCACAGUUACUGAGUCAGUGAGAGCGUGUAAAAUGGCCCAGGAGAGUGGGUGGGGUGUGAUGGUUAGUCACCGGUCUGGAGAAACUGAGGACACUUUCAUAGCAGAUUUGGUGGUUGGUUUAUGCACUGGACAGAUCAACACCGGGGCGCCCUGUCGCUCUGAGCGUUUGGCCAAGUAUAACCAGGUUCUUCGAAUUGAAGAGAAAUUGGGAGACAAGGCACAUUUUGCUGGGAAAAAUUUCCGAAAGCCAUUACAAUAAACAUGUCAAACACAUAUAAAGUUAUUAUGUUGACAAAUGCACAACAGUGGAAAAUGUAUGGAGUGUACAAUAGAGGGCAGUAA